UCCAAUGUUCCUUAACUCACAAGGAUUAUUAGAGGAUUCAAAUUAACCUGAGCUUCUUAAAGAGCAAGAAAAAAGAAAUGGACAUUCUACCUUUAGAGAAUCAAUUUUUGCUAAUACAAAAUUUGAAAAAAAUAUUACUUAUUUUCAUAUAAUGGGUAUGAUAUAAUAGAAAUAUUAACAAGGUCAUGAUGAACCACAUGCAAUAAGAAGAAAAUAAAUCCUCCAAAAACACCCAGAAAUUAAAAUUCUUUUUGGCCCAGAUAUAAUGUCAGCAUGGCUUGGAGUUGGAAUUGUUCUAGCUCAAUUUUGGUGUAUCAACUUCUUUGCAACGACAAAUUGGUUGUGGUAUCUAGUUUCAUCAUACUGCAUUGGAGCAGUCUUAAGUCAUGCUCUUCAUGCUUUAAUGCAUGAUUUUACACAUUAUUUGUGUUUUGAGAGUAUGUAAUACAAUAAAUUGAUGGCCAUCUUCUUAAAUUUUGGUCAGGGAGUUCCAUCUGCUAUUACUUUUGGAAGGUAAAAAUAUAUUUAUAUAUUUAUAAGAUAUCACUCAGAUCAUCACACAUUUAUGAAUUUGCCUGAUUUAGAUCCAGAUUUGCCAUCCUAAUGGGAAAUAGAUCAUGUGACAGGACCUCUGCGUAAAUUUUUAUUUAUGCUUUUUUUGCCUUUAUUCUAUUCACUUAGACCUAUGUUUAUAAGACCAUUAGUACCUAAUUAAUACGAAAUCUUAAAUUUAGUAGCAAUAAUCAUUUCAAAUACUUUGAUAUAUAUAUAUAUGGGACCAUCUGCUUUGGGAUGGUUAAUACUAUCAACCUAUUUUGGAUUGAGGUAAUAUUAUAAUUAUUAUAUAUUAGUAUCCAUCCUCUAGCUGCUCAUCUAAUCACUGAACAUUACGAAUUUAUUAAUAGAUUAGAAACAUAUAAUUAUCUCGGAAUUGCCAACUUUUUAAUUUUGAAUUUAGGAUAUCAUACCGAGCAUCAUGAUUUUCCAAAUAUUCCAUGGUCUAGAUUACCAUUAGUUAAAAAAAUUGCUCCUGAAUUCUAUGAUUCUUUACCAUAUCAUACAAAUUACACUUUAGCUAUUUUGGCUUACAUAUUUGAUGGAUACAUGGGACCAUUUUCAAGGAUAGUUAGGAAGGAGCUCAAAUUAAAUGGAAAGACUAAAUGA